CCUGUCUGGAAGGAACAGUGGUUGCCAUGCCAACGCAGAGUGUAUUCACGUUGGACCAAACAAAACUUCCUGUGCCUGUAGAGACGGUUUCUCUGGUGGCGGUCAAGACUGCAAGAUGAUCAACCUGUGCAGAAAGAAAAACGGCGGCUGUCACACUUUUGCCAGGUGUAACACGACAGAUCCAGGUGUUCGUACCUGCACCUGUCACAAAAACUACGUCGGAGACGGACUCACCUGCAGAGGCACUGUGGAAAAGGAGAUCGUGAGGAGGGAGUUGAAAGAGUUCUUCAUGGGUCUGAUGGUGACUCAGAUCUCUCUGAAAGGUCGCGGCCCGUUCACCGUGUUUGUUCCGACAACUGAAGCCUAUAGAGAGGAUAAACAUGGCGGCAAGUUUAAAUUUCUGGGGAUAGAAAAACACCUGGACGAAUUUGGCUCCGUCAUGCGCAGCCACAUCGUCAUGUGUCACACUCUACUGCCCAUCGACCUGAGCCGACCGCGAAACCUGACGACUCUGUCCGGACUUGUCCUGACCACCAGGGUAGAAUCUUCGUCAACGAGGCCAAACGUGACGUACAGCAACGACCUCAGCACCAACGGCAUCUUCCACGAGAUCGACAAGAUUCUAUAUCCUCCCCAAUUCGACGCAUUCAAAGACUUGGACGUUCCUGUGAGUCCACAUCUGCGAACAAGUCUAUAG